AUGAGAGACUUUCAGUCAAUGAUUGAACAGUCAGGAGCAACAGAAGAUUGGGAAGAGUUAUGGAACAAAUACAAAGAGCUACCAACACCUCGUUCAUAUAUGGAAGUUCAUAUAGUUGCAGGAAAGACGGACUUUAAAGAAGUUAAGCAACAAAAGAUGACAUUAUUUUAA